GUUGUUCCUACGGGCGCGGGGUCCAGAGCGGAAGUGGACUCUGGCAGCGCCUGGUAGCCCGGCCCCUCCCGGGCGGGUGGUGAUGACGCCACUGGGCGGCCGUGCUGACGUGGCUCCCGGAAGUGGGGCUGGCUCGGGGCCGCCAUGUUGCAGCAGGACAGUAACGAUGACACAGAAGAUGUCUCACUGUUUGAUGCGGAAGAGGAGACAAGUAAUAGACAAAAAAAAUCCCAAGUCAGACACCCAGUGGCAUCAUUUUUCCAUUUAUUAUUUCGCAUCAGUGCAAUUGUAGUCUAUCUUCUCUGUGAAUUUUUCAGCAAAAGCUUUAUUGCCUGUAUGGUGACAAUUAUCUUGUUGUUGUCAUGUGACUUUUGGACAGUUAAGAAUGUCACAGGUAGACUGAUGGUUGGUCUGCGUUGGUGGAAUCAUAUUGAUGAAGAUGGAAAAAGCCAUUGGGUAUUUGAGUCCAGGAAGGCCUCCUCUCCAGAGAGCAAAGCCAUUUCAGAGGCUGAGUCCAGGAUCUUUUGGUUAGGACUUAUUGCCUGUCCAGUGCUGUGGGUGAUAUUUGCCUUUAGUGCUCUCUUCUCUUUCAAAGUGAAGUGGCUGCCAGUGGUCAUCAUGGGUGUGGCCCUGCAAGGUGCCAACCUGUAUGGGUAUAUCAGGUGCAAAGUGGGCAGCAGAAAUUUAACCAGCAUGGCCACAUCUUACCUUGGAAAGCAGUUUUUAAGACAAAGCACUGGAGAGGAUCAGACUUCGUGAAGACAAAAGGUCUAUAGUUUUUUUUUUUGCUUACAUUGGGAAACAGCUGAAACAAACAGAUUCUGAACUUUGCGAAUCAUGAGUACAAGUUUUUUUUUUCCAUUUAAAAAAUGUACUUAAAAUAGUUUCCAUCUUUUCAUUUUUCUUUUCUAGUAUUUUGGACUUGAAAGUACCGUGUUGCCAGAAACACUGUCAAGGUUUGGUUCGUACGCACUUACUAUGCAUACGGUCAUGUUGAACCCGUGUAUCCCAAACGAUCAGAGUGUAGGUAUUCAUGUUCAUAUACGACGGCAACUUUUGCAUUUCGAUCUUUAGAACAUAUAAGGGAGUCCUUAGUUGAUCUUACAAGUCUGUGUGUUUACAUGUUCUUUCCAUAGAUUAUUCUCAUGCUAAGAUUGAGCACUGUCUAACGUGUAAGUUAGAUGUAAUUAGUAAGCCUACAAUUCAGCACAUGCACCAUGGUAAGACUUCUUACUCUAGGUAUUCAGAGGCAGGUAGAAAGCAGAUUUGGGUCCGUGGUAUUGACUGGUCUCAAGAGUUUAUUUAUUUUUCUUUGUAACAGAUCAUCUACUUAAGGUCUGACGAGUACAAUUAAUUUUGUGGUUUUGUGUCUGAGGGAUUGCUGCUAUUCUAUGUGUGUUUUGAAAAGGAAGCUUUGGAACUUUCUGGAUGCUCUCCAGUGGGCUCUUGGUGUAAUGAUAACUAGCUUCUACCAUUAAAAGAGUAUUAUUCUUACAUCAUAGUAAGAAUAAUCAUUUACAUUUCUGGUAUAUUAAAUGCCUAAAAGAUAUUUUACUACCCUGCCUUUUUUUUUUUUUCUUGCUGUAAUGGGAACACUACAUAUGCAUAUGUAAUUGUGCAUUUGUAUUAAUGGUAUUUCUGUAAAACACAAUAUAAGUAACUAUCUGAAACCAUUGUGCUCCACUGUAAAUUUUGUUGUCCAUCUAUAAAACUUUGUUGCAGUCUUUUAAUCAACAGAUCACUCUCUGAAUGUAUUUAUACACUGUUAAAAUUUUUUAAAUGCUGUUUUGUUGGAUAAGAGUCUUUUUUUUUUGAGUGAUGACUUGGAAAGUACAUAACUUUAUAUUUGUAUAAAACUCUACUGUUCACAAAGCA